UGUAGGUUCCAUGAGACUGAUUCAGGCCAUCAUCCCUCACAUGGCAUCUAGGAAGAAGGGAAAAAUUGUAAAUAUUGGAAGUGUAAUCGCCUUAGCCCCCGGACCAUGGUCAGGUGCUUACAGUGCUUCCAAAGCUGCUCUGCAUUCACUUACUGAUACUCUAAGAUUGGAACUCCGGCCUUUUGGGAUUGACGUUAUCAAUGUUGUCCCCGGCGCUGUUAAGUCAAACAUAGGAAAUUCUGCCAUAUCGAGCUAUAGUCAGAUGCCAGAAUGGAAGUUGUACAAGCAAUUUGAAUCAGCAAUUCGAGAGAGAGCCUAUUUUUCACAAGGCUCAAAGUCGACCCCUUCAGAAGAUUUUGCAAAAAAGACAGUAGCUGUGGUGCUGAAGAAGAAUCCACCUGCUUGGUUCUCUUCGGGUCAUUUCUCCACCAUAAUGGCAAUCAUGUACCAUCUGCCACUGUCUAUCAAAGAUUUUGUUCUUAGGAAGGCAAUGAAAUGUUGAUUUUCACAUUUUGUGUCAUGCUUAAAACUGUGUCUUGUUUCCAUGUACAUUUAGCCUCCAAAUGCUUAGAUAUAGACUACAACACAAACAUGCAUAUUACUGCUUUGUACAAGAAUUAUAAUCAUCUCACUUUCAAUAACACAUGUUUAUAUAUAGUUUUCCUUUCCCUGACAAAAUG